UCCUCCAAGCUCUGCAACCGUGGAGAUUUUCAUCGUAUAAAAUCGAUAAUAAGAAUUCCAGUUCUCAAAUUUCUCUUCACUGCUACUACUUUCUUUGAACUUCCAGCGCUUCAAAUUUUGCGUAAUUUCUUCUCUCCCUGAUCCAUCUUCCUUUUCUCUGAAUCGUUGGGGAUACUUAAUACUUCUGUCUUGCUGAUAUGGCAAAUAGGCGAUUCCGUUACAGCCCCUUAGCUGCUGAUGAAGACGAUGAUUAUGAUGUGAAUGGAGAAAGAAGAUAUGACCCUCGUUUUGAUUAUUCCCCAAAGGCCUUUGAUAAAAUCCCAUGGAAAUCUAUUGCGCUGGCAGUCUUUUUGCUCUGCCUUGGAUCACUGCUUCUGUUUCUUUCAUUUUUCAUCCUGACAGGUCAUAUGGGAGGAGAGCACUCACAGGCCUAUGGCCUUAUGGCCCUUGGAAUUCUGACCUUCCUCCCAGGCUUUUAUGAAACACGGAUAGCAUAUUAUGCAUGGAGGGGUGUUGACGGAUAUCGUUUUUCUUCCAUUCCAGACUACUAAGUCAAGUAUCUGUCUCUCAAAUGUGCUCGAACAUGCUGCAUCUGUCUAAAAUCAUAGUUUGAAUUGCUAUUUUGAUCUAAAUUUUCGAUUUUUACAACUCUAGAUAAACUAUUGUUCUAGUUCCAUGGUUUUAGCAACUCUAAGGUGUGUGUUUAGUUUAACAGCCAGACUAAAACAUGGUUGUUUGCCUUCUUUUUUUUUCCCUAUUUCUACUGUUGUAAGUCUCUCCUUAUGUACCUAACUCUCAUGUGUUAUUUUUUUCCAAACGUAGUUCUUGAGAAAUAAAAAAUUCAAGUCUAU